AUGACUUACCCACGCUUCACCUUGGGCUUCGCCCCCUUUUCGACCACCUUCCCGGCCUUCCCGACCAGCAACGUCGUCAAGGCUAUCGCCAUUGCUUCGUUCGCUGCCCUGUCGGUCAACGCCCUACUCAAGACGGUCAAGCCUUCGCAGGCCGGCCACGAGCAUAAGCAAAAGACCAACGAUGAAAGGUAUAUUGUCGAGGAUGCUGAACCCUCCAAGCGCAUCGAAACCACCAGUAUCAAGACCAAUACCACUCAUCGCAUCGAGAACAACCAAGCUAUCGAUACCACUCAAGUCGCCACUGCUUCGAAGAUCACCAAUCUUACCGAGGAAGUCAAGAUCGCCGACGAUGCCGACAUUACCCAUGUGACCGACAGCACCCACCUCGCCAACGACAUUAAAGUCGCUACUGGUGUUGAGGAAGCUGAAGCUGAAGAGCCAAUCUUGCACCAUACUCGCAAAGAGUCUACCGAGACAAACUUCUCAACCCAGUCCGCUCAAACUGUCGACAGCGAGUCGUCAUCAACUGCACCCAGCACUCCCGACACAGUUUACUCUGUCCCAGAUGUCAAAGCCGCCAGCCAGCUAACCCCGAUCUGCGCCAAAAAGCUUGAGGAGGAUGCCGAGCCCACUCUUCCAGUUGUCAUCGUCACUGAUGAGGAGGGUAAAGAGUCCAAAGCGGAGGAGAUCGUGCACUCCGCCCCCUUUGGCAUCGCCGCCAACCAAGUCAUCUUUUCCGCCGACCACCUCAGCCCUUUCGCCACCAAGCCGCCCACGCCUGCUUGCGCCCACAGGAUUCCGUCCCAUUGGUACACUUCGUCCCACUUGCUUUCCCAGGGCUCGAUCGAUCUGGAGACUGCUAAUGUCAUCGACCGCCCCGAUAACGGCGUUGCAUAUGCCCAACUUGAAGACAACUUGUGGUAUCGUCUGGAUGAGGCUGAUGAUGCCCUUAUGAUGACACAGGACGAGUACGAGGACCUCUUGGCCUGGUUUGACAGCUUUAACCAGAAAAAGGGGGAAGGAAACGAGUUAUUGGCCGAAGAAGAUCCGACGAGCUUCAUCACCGACCAGCAAACUGAUGCCAACAACACUCAGGACACCUCGAAGACCAUCACUAUCACCGAUUAG